CUGUUCGUUACACGAAAUCAAAGACUAAAUAUCUCUUCAUACAAUUGAUCAAAUUAUACAAAAUAUAACCGAAUUCAAAUAAUUAGGCUAAAUUCAAGCAAUAACUGUGCACUGUGCCGUUGACUAAACUAAACACGAUGAACAGUGACGAUUCUGAUUAUGAUUUAAACACUGACUCUGAAUAUUCUAUCUUCGACGAAAAUGAUGAAUACGCCCUUCAUGGAUUUAAUAAUUCAUUAGGCUUGUCGGAUCUUGUGGAUGUUCCAAACAUUUUCCAGCUGUAUUCCUGGUUACAAAGGCAUUAUACUAAGAAAAAGAGACAGAUUCGGCAUCGUGUAGAUCGUCAGAAAAACAAAUUACAACCUUUGCAUCGUCAGCUGAACCAAGAGUCUGAGAAAAUAAAAGAGAAAUUUGGAAAUUCCAUUGAUGAGUUGCAAGAAAAAUGGAAUUCAGGAAAGAUGGUUCGUCUUCGUGACAAAAUAUCUUUUGUUUUGGGAGUUAGUACCGCCAUUUUGACGGCCCUGCUUUUGGGAAUGGCUCCAGAGUAUAUUCACAUAUGGUACACAAUUCAACUUCUUGUUUACCUUCCACUAAGAUAUUAUACAUACCAUCGGAAAGGUUAUGUCUACUUCAUUGCUGAUUUUUGUUAUUGGGGGAAUGUUAUGUUACUAGCUUAUAUAUGGUUCUUUCCCUUCAGCAAGAGGCUAUUUAUCUUAAGCUACUCAGUGAGCUACGGCACACUUGCUUGGUCCGUUGUAGCUUGGCGGAAUAGUCUUUUAUUUCACUCUCUGGACAAAAUUACUAGUCUAUUCAUUCAUUUUUUUCCCCCUCUAGUUUUACAUACACUAGUACAUUUAGUCAAACCUUCUCAUCUGAAGGAACGUUUUCCAGCUAUACUCAAUGUCCCAACCAUUUAUUUGGGCUCUUCAAUAAAGAUUGCGUCUAUAUCGUACGCUUUAUGGCAAAUAUGGUACUACUUUUUCAUCCAAGUCGGAAAGCGUAAACAAAUACAGGAAGGAAAACCUACUUCGUUUACAUGGAUGUCGAAAGCCUACUCAAAAACGACUUUAGGAAAAGCGAUAAACACGUUGCCUGAAAAUCUUCGACCAUUCGCCUUUAUGGUCCUCCAAUAUUUAUACUCUAUUACUACGAUGUGUCCAUGCUCUAUUUGGUAUAACAACAAAGUAUAUUCCACUGCUUUUUUGGUUGUUAUUUUUGGUUGGUCAAUCUGGAACGGCGCAUCAUAUUAUAUCGAUGUUUUUGGUAUGAGAUUUCAAAAAGAAUUGGAAGCAUUACGACGUGAAAUCGCUAAUGAUCCUUCACGUUCCUCUCCGUCCAGCGGAAUAAGUUCGGAAAAUUCCAAAAAGAAAUGAUACCCAUUAAUCCUUUGAAUAGUUUUGCAAGUUCUUUGCAAUAAAUAAAAAUUAUGAUUAUCAAUAUAUGAACCUUCAAUUUCUUCCUUUUUAAUUCAUCAGAAAUCAUGACAGAAAAGGGUAUCAAUAAAAACUAGUUUGAGUGAAAUCUUAGUGAAG